AUCUGCACAGGAGCUGUGACCGCUGAAAAGCAGUCAAACAACGCCACCGCCGCACUCUGACACAGCUCCGUACACCUCCUGAUUUCCUGCGGAAGUACGAGCACCGCUUCGUGCCGUACCGUCAGGACCACUCUACUUGGCAGGAGAGCUGCUGCCGAGAGCAGCGCAUCGCUGCCGCGCACGCCAUCGACGCGACCCAGCGUGACGCCAUCGACGCGCCCCAGCAAAAUGUCCGCCUACGCGAGCACGACGAACCCCGUCGUUUAUUUUGAUAUGACCAUCGGCGGCCUCGUGGCUGGGCGCAUCGAGAUGACGCUGCGCGCCGACGUCGUCCCGAAGACCGCGGAGAACUUCCGGUGCCUCUGCACGGGCGAGCGGGGCGUCGACGUGCGAACCAAUAAGCUGCUCUGGUUCCGCGGCUGCUCGUUCCACCGCGUGAUCCCCGGCUUCAUGUGCCAGGGCGGCGACAUCACGCGGGGCAAUGGCACGGGCGGCCUCUCGAUCUACGGCCCGCAGUUCGACGACGAGAAUUUUAGGUUAAAGCACGCGGGCGCGGGCACGCUGUCGAUGGCGAACGCGGGCCCCGGUACCAAUAGUUCACAGUUCUUCGUCUGCACGGGGCCGACGUCCUUUUUGGAUGGAAAGCACGUGGUCUUCGGCAAGGUCACGAAGGGCUUGGACGUGGUCAAGGCCAUCGAGCGCGUCGGGUCGAAAGAGGGCAAGACGGCGCGGACGGUGCUUAUUAAUGACUGCGGGCAGAUCGCUUGAUUUUAUUGCUUGCUUGCGAGCUAGGCCGUCUAGCUACCUGGCCGCCGCGGGCGCUGCGUGACCGAACGCCCGCCCCGCCCCCGCCCUCGUACGCCGUCGCCCCGAGUGUUAGCUCGGAGGCGACGACGGCGAGGGGGAGCAAGCCGGACAUCGGAAUUCCAGGGCCGCGACCAGGGCCGCGACGGUGGCGCGUCGGGGGUCGCCGCGCGAUAGCGGCGCCCUACCCGGAGGGGCGCGCCCGGGGUUCGUGCCAGUAUUAUUUUUGUUGUAGUUUA